AGACCAAAACCAAUGAGUCUCAUUUUUAAUUUUUAUUUCCCAAAGAGGUAACCCUUCACCCCGACACAAAGUGCCCCGGAUUGGACAUCGAACUAUGGUAAACUUUCUAAAUUAUUGGACAACACAAAAGAGGAAUGGGAAAGCUACUCUUCUUCUUCUUCUCCACCAUACUACUACUUCUUCUACUUCUACUACUUCUGCCUAUGAGAAACUCUCCCAUUAUUCUCAACUUUGGACAACUCAAGGUUGAGUGAGUUACCAAGAGAAAGACCAGACCUUUGCUCACCCCAUCAAUGCCCAUGUAGAAAACUCAACUGGGUUUUCCUUUAAACCUGGAAAGGAAACUGUUUCUUUCUUUCUUUCUUUAUUUUCUCUCUUUCUUUCCCUCUUUUUUUUUUUAUUUGGGCUUGCUAGUUUUUUCUUUUCUUUUAUUCUCUCUCAAAGGCUUUGUAGCUGUUUGUCAAGAUGCCGAGACCAGGCCCAAGACCCUACGAGUGUGUGAGGCGAGCUUGGCACAGCGAUCGGCAUCAACCCAUGAGAGGUUCUAUUAUUCAGCAGAUUUUCAGGGUUGUCAAUGAAGCUCAUAGCUCUACCACUAAAAAGAACAAGGAAUGGCAAGAGAAGCUACCUGUUGUGGUUUUGAAAGCAGAAGAAAUUAUGUACUCAAAAGCCAACUCCGAGGCUGAGUACACUAAUCCAGAUACACUAUGGGAUAGAGUCAAUGAUGCUAUUAACACAAUUAUCCGGAGAGAGGAAACCACUGAAACUCGAGACCUUUUGCCCCCGUGUGUUGAAGCUGCUCUUAAUCUGGGUUGUGUUCCAGUCAGGGCUUCAAGAAGCCAACGCCACUGUAACCCUAGGAAUUACCUUACCCCAAGAACGCAAGAACCAUUCUCUGCAGUUACUAGAGCUUUGGAUAAAACUACUGAUGAGAGGCAGCCUCAUAUGUUGCCACUUCACUCAGGGAAUCAAACGAAUUUUGUAAGGACCCCAAUUGCAAACUCUGUGAAAUUUCUUCCUAAUUCUAACAUCCACGUCAACCGAAAUGAUAACCUCACUUCUCCUCGAAGUCUUUCCUUUUUACCCGAGAAUAUUCCUACUGGCCAUAACCUAGUAACAACAAUGACCACUAACACCACACUGAACUCUGGUUCAGUGUAUCCAUUGUAUUAUGGAACUCAUUAUCGAAAGGAAGAGUACCAGUCAGGCACUCAGAUUCCAGAAAAGUUACAUUCUAAUACAAUUUAUGUUGGUACACCAGUCAUUACAUCAACUGCUGAGCCUACUAAACCGAAUUGUUUCUCUUACAAGAGUACUGAAAAUGUUUCAAACAUGAUUCCACAAGUAAAUGCUGUGGACACCCGAGAGAAACGAAGACGAGAAGCAGAUUGUGAUUUGUCUUUAAGACUGGGUAUCUUUUCAAAUAAAGUUGGGAGCACUGAGAAAAGGUUAGCUCCUGAAACGGAAGAUGUAGAUUCCAGCUGUUCUCAGGAGGGGGGCAAGUUGAAUGAAAGACGUCCAUUGAUAAGCCAGGAAUUCUGUUUCUUCCCUGGCAAGUCAACUUGUGAUCCCUCUGAAUCCAGUUCAAGAAUGUGGAGUUCAGGGGGUGAAGGCCAGACUAUAAAGGCACCCAUACCAAAGGGCAAGGAACCGUUUAGUAGUAAUGAGGAGGAUGGGCAGUUUUGCUGGCAACCAGAUGUCCCAUCCAGCUGGUUUAGUAGUCGAAUUACGAGGCCAGGUUCGUAGGCGAUUUCUUUUGUUCCUUGUUGUAGUAUAUAUGCUUUAUGAUGUGAGAUCCCCUGUUCUCUCUUGUUGAAUCCCUCUGUGAUAACUCUAUUUUAUCAGAAGUUGAUUUUGAGAUGCAAGCUUCAAUGUUGGAAAGAUGGGAGCUACUUGAGUUGUAAAUGACAGUUUAGUUUGAUUCCCACAUAAAUAGUUAAUGACAAAUGCACAAGCACUAGUUUGAGA